AUGAAAGAACCAAAUGACGAGAAAACCAAUGAAAGGAAGAGGAAGAAGCCGGAUUGUAAUGCUGAGGAAAGUAAGGAAUCCAGCAAAUCCAAAAAAAAGAUAGAAUUUGAAAAUGAUGAUGAGUUUGAAAAAUACCUUUUGGAUAAUUUCAAGAAGAGUUAUGACCAAGCAGGAGAAACUUGGAACAAUAGUAAAACCGAAAGACUAUAUGAAAGUCGCAAUGAGUCUGAGUACUCCCUUUCGGAUAUGAUAAAAAGCUUCUACAAUGAAGUAAAGAAAUAUAAAACAGUUGAUGACAUGGCAAAUGAAAUAAAAAAAUUGGCAACACAGAAUAUUAAGAAAAAUCUAGAUAUUAUAUGUAAUAACGAAUGCACAAGCUCAUUUUUUGUGGAAAAAUAUCGCGUAAAAUAUAUGAACGAACAGACAGAACUGAACAUAAAAUCAGCUCAAAAUUACUUCAAGGAAUUCAUGAUACUUUACAAUAAUAACAAUUUUGAUGAUUUCAGCUUGGAAAUUAACACCAACUUGGAGAAGAACUCCGUGGAGGAGAACAUCGUAGAGGAAGGAGAAAAAAGGAAAAAGGGAGACGAAACAGAUGACGAUACAGAAAAUGAUACAGCAGAAAAGAACGCAAAGGCGAAGAUUAUGCAAAAUGGGAACGGUGAAAAUGAUGAUGAUAAAAGCAAAGAAUCGAGUUCUAAAAAAAAAAAGGAGGGAAAAAAUAAACAUCCCCCAAAUGAAAUGUAUACAACAGACAUAUGGAAGGAAAAAAUAAAAUGCAAAAUCGAAAAUAUAAAUGAAAACACAAACAUUUUAAUUAAAAUUGUAAACUAUUUAGCCAAUACAUCAUUGCACAUAGAUCACGUACCACUAAACAUAAAAAAAUUCGACAUUCUGAAAAAAUUAAAUGAACUGGAUUAUGAUAUACUAAAUGCAAACAUAUGGGAUACGUACAGUUCUAAAGAAACUAGACCUUUCUCUUUAUCUAUAUCAUCAUCCCCAUCCUUCUAUAGAAAGGCAAAUAUAUAUUUUAAAAAGCAUAACAAGACAAAUGAUAUACUAAAUACAUUACGUGAAAAACCUUUAAGUGUAUAUAUCAAAGGAUGGUACUUAAGUAACCUUAAAAGAAAUAAUUACAAUUAUUUGGACUUAAGAAUAUGCCCCCCCAUAUGUUCUCAUAUUGAAAUAAUAAAAAUGGAUUAUGAAAAUGCAAAAACAUUAGUCAGAAAAUUGGACACUUCUUGUCAUAUUGAUUUGGAUCUACAACACCGUUUAGGAGAGGAAGUUCAUUUCGAAAGUAUGCAUAAGAAGAGAAAAAUCGAUGAGGAAUCACACACCCAUGAUGUUGAAUCAACCAAUGAGAAACAGACUCUCCCUGUUGAUCAGAAUUGUGAUAACAUUAAUAAGAACAGAAAUAAUACAAAUAUUGUAUGUAACAACGAACUAAGUGAAAGUCCAAUUAUUCAAAUUAUUGAAGAAAAUAAAAAGUUAAGUAUAAUGAAUAAAUUAGAUAUCCUAGUACUGUAUCUUCGAUUUGUACAUAACUUUUGUUAUUAUUCAGCACGAAAAUUUAAUACGUAUGAUGAAAUGACGAGAGAAUGUGGACACUUUUACCUAAGAGUGAAUAUGGAAAAUAAAUUUUACAAAAAUCUUAUUCCCAUAUUUUAUGAAAAUUUUAAUAUAAAAAAGUUAGAACACUAUGUGCAUGAGGAUUUUGGAUAUAGUAAUUCCAACACUGAAAAUUAUGUGAUAGGAGAAAAUUCCACAAUCGGGAACACUUAUAAAGAUAGAACUAAUAGUGGUAAUAAUGAUAACACUCUUGAAGAAGAAAACUGUGGCAUGGAAGAAGGACGAGGUGACAUUGUCAAUCAAACAACCAAACCAAAUAGAGAGAAUGGUGAUUACUUUAAUCUAUGCAGGUUAAAAAAUACAUAUCUUAAUGAUUUAGACGAAGUUUCAGAUUAUCAAUUAAAAUGGCUUCUGAACUUUGAGACUGAAAUUAAGGAUGCAAUAAAAGCUAACUAUAAUGAACAUAUUGAAAUUGAAAAAACAAAGGAAUUUUUAGAAAUUUUGAAAAAUAAUUAUAUUUUAAAACCAACACAUAAUAAUAGCACAAAUACUGAUGGAAAAAGCGAAAUAAGAUGUGCCAAAUGUAAAAAGCUUUUUAACAAUAUUAAAGACGUGCCCAAUCACAUUUUCAUAAAACAUAACCAAGUUAAAAUGAAAUUAAUUACGGAAGCUGAAGCACAAAUUAUGAAAAAAUGUUUUUAUGAAUCUCCACAUAGUUUUCAAUUUCUUUUUAUGAUGGAAAAAAAAUAUAAUUCCAACCAUUCAAAGAAUUAUUUAAAUAAAAGUAUUUUUAAAAAGACAAAAAAUUACAAAAACCACAAUUUUCACGUACUACCCAAUAGCGUUAAAAGUGAUUAUAAAGAUUUUGACGAUCCCACUUUAAACGUUUUCGAAAAUGUAAAACAGACCGAAAGAAAGAAGAACGAUUUUUAUGAUGAUACUUAA